GCGGAAGGAGCCUCACAGAGGCACCAUAAAGCCAGCUUUUGUCACCUACUUUGGACCUUUUCGAAAAGGUGCAACGAGGGACCUCAACAGGGUAGGCUUCACUUCCCAGUUUCGCAGUGCCAGCUGCGUUUCAGCUGGAAGUGCCACCACGUACCGCGUGCGACCGCCUGUUUUCUGCUGCCCAUCCCGCCACAUUGGGUGUUCAUUCCAACGCCUCUUGCGCUACGACGUGGUGUUCCCUCUCCUGCUCUGGAGAGUGCAUUUUCCUCUGCUUUUGCCACCAUUUGGCACAUCUUCCUCUAGCCCACAAAGAGACACAACUUUUUGCCAUCACGUCUAGUCUCCAGCGCCGAGUCCAGCUUUUCUGCUGUACGGAAACCCAGCCUCCUCUAAACCCCAGCAUUGCUUGUCUUGUCACCUCCACACGCCCACAAUGCCGACCAUCUGUCCGCAGGGCCUGUUGGCCGGUCUGAGGGGCAGCCCAAAGACCGUUCCCUGUAGCUAUUUGUACGACAAGAAGGGCAGCGAGCUCUAUGAGCAGAUAACGGAGCUCGAGGAGUACUAUCCAUUUAGGGCUGAGCAAGCGAUACUGGAAAAGAAUGCAGAUGACAUCGUGAGUCACGUCCCGAAGGGGUCGGUCAUCGUCGAACUGGGCUGCGGUACCGCGAGGAAGACGGGACUGCUGCUGUCAGCUCUGAUCAAGAGAGACGGUGCCAGCAAAUUUGCGGGCAUCGACGUCUCCGCCUCCUUCCUGGAAGAGGCCAAAACGAACCUGAUGAGCUUGGUGACUGGACUGAAGGCCGAAGACAUCGACUUGGUGGAAGCGGAGUACAUAACUGGGCUCCAGAAAGUUCGACAACUCCACCCAACGGAGAACCUGUGUAUCAUGUGGCUGGGCUCGUCCGUGGGCAAUUUGACCAACGACGGCGCCGCGCAGUUCUUCAAGGACAUGCUCGUGGCAGCGGGCCAGAAGAGCCAGGUGUUUCUCUGCACGGACCUGUGGAAGGACAAGAAGGUCCUCCACGCAGCGUACCACGACAGCCGCGGCGUGACCGAGGAGUUCAUUCUAAACGGCCUUCGCAACGCCCUGCUCAGCCUGGGGCUCGCCCCCGAGCGCCUGGACGCCGCAAUGAAGAACUGGGUCUACGAGGUCGUCGUCUCGGCCAAGAUGCGGCGCGUCGAGAUGUGGGUGCAGUUCAAAGAAGGGCUGGAGGUUUUCCCCGGCAAGAAUGGCGAAGCGAUCCGGAUCGCCCCCGGGGAACGGCUCCUGAUGGAGCUGUCCCGCAAGUUCACUGUCGGGGACAUCAACCGGCUGGCCAGCGUGUCGGGCUACUACGUCCAAGCAGCGUGGCGCACGCGCCAAUACGGCGUGCAAAUGCUGCUGCCCAUGCAAGAGGCGCUGCGGCGGUGCUGGCAAGACACGGACGACUUCUUCCUGAAGCAGGUGAAGGACUGGUCCGUGCAGCCAAUCAGCAUGCGCCACCCGUUCCUGUUCUACUACGGCCACGUCAACUCGUUCACCAAGAUCAAGGCCCUUCCUCACGUCACCCCCUCCCCCGAUGACGUCACCUUCUCCCGGGGAAUCGACCCGGUCGUUUUGGACCCGUCAAAGUGCCACUCCCAUCCGGAGGUCCCCCCCCAGUGGCCCUCCCGAGAAGAGGUUAUGCGCUACGUCGCCCAUACGCGCGAAGCGGUUAUGGAGGCGGUCGAGGCGCAUAAGUGCUCCCCCCGUAUGCUCCAGAUGGGCCUGGAGCACGAGCGGAUGCACCAGGAAACGCUGAUGUACAUGCUGACGCAAGCGAAGAGGCUGGAGUGGGAGAGGGAUCCCCCCGCCGAGCUGCCGCGCGCGGUGGCGCUCGCGCGGGACUGGGCCAAGAAGUGGGUGCGACCUGAUGUGCGGGUGCUGGCUGGGAGAGUGACAUUGGGCGUGUCUGAGGACGAUGCCGGGGCGUUCGUGUGGGACAACGAGGGCCCGCCCCUAGAAACGAGCGUUCCGCUCGACUUCAUGGUCGCUUCCGAUCCGGUGACCGUCGGCCAGUGGCGGAACUUCAUCGUCGAGCGGAAAGGCUACGAGAUGGACCAGUGGUGGGACGCCACCGACCUCGCCUUCUUCCGGGCUAACGGCCUAUCCCAGCCUGCCACGUGGUCGCACGUCAAAGGCGACUUUUACGUCCACCGCCCAGAUGGGGUCUUCCACUGGACGCAGGUCGCCCACGAGCCGGUGCUGGUAAGCCUAAGCGAGGCGCUGGCAUUCUGCAAGUCGCUGGGUUACCGGAUCAUGUCCGAGGCCGAGUACCAGCGCGUCGCCGACACGGACGUCCAAAAUCGCGUGCGCUGCUUGAAGGAGGCCGGCUGGGAAUGGACCUCCAGCCGCUUUGCGCCCUUCCCCGGGUUCAAACCGAUGCCGGAGUACCCCGAAUACUCGACCGACUUCUUCGAUGACUGUCACUUUGUGUUGCGCGGCUCGUCAAGCGUUACGCACCCGGCCAUGAAACGCGACUCGUUCCGGAACUACUACCAAAAGCAGUACCCCUACAUGUUCGCCAAGUUCCGGCUAUGUAGCUCCGUGCAUUCCGUGGCGGGGGGAUAA